CAAUCACUGCACACUUUACCAAAAGUCAUGUCAAGCGUGAGAAUAAUGAAUAUAAACAUUUUAUUCAAACUACUCUAGAGUGAAGCAGAGAUAAGCAUGGGUUAAACCUUCAUCAUAUCAGCUGUCCCAAAUAGUAUGUAAAUGUAUUUUACUUGUAUGUGGGUAAAAUGAAAGCAUCAAUCAUACAAAUAAAAAUAAUUUAAUGGAAAUAUUGUACUUUUAUUUGUCGUUGAUAUAGGCUAUUAAGGGGAUUUGACUCCUGUAUAUGAAGUUCAAAAUGUUCAUACUUAAAAUGUUUCACACAAGGCUAGCGCGCACUUCAGGACAGCUCACCCGCGCCUAGCUCUGGUCCAGGGCGUAGUACGUGUUUCUUAAUCAUGUAAGAACGGGCACUACGCCCUGGACUAGAGCUAACCCACUCAUUGGGAGCCUACUGGAGAGGGUUAAACUAAAACGGAGGUCUAUAAUUUGAGUCAUCUGUUUCCACUGCUGAGUUCGCAGCUCUGGUCUGCUGCUCACUAGCCGUCUUCGGGUGGAUGUAGGCAGCCCUAGGAGACUUUCUAUUAGCGAAAAAUACGUAAUAUGAGUUUAGUAGAAUAUAUAGUGUUCUACCGCAACCUAUUGACGAAUUUGAGUUUACUUUUCGCACUUUCAGUGCACGUGCAAGCUGUUUGACGUUUAAGCCUUUCCAUGGAGAAGCCCCUAUUCACUCUACUCUACAUCUGUAUGUGAGAGAGAGAGAGAGAGAGAGAGAUAGUGUUUCUGUGUAUUUGUCCUGUCUGAGUGUGAUUGUCUGCCUAUGAUUGUUGGAGCGUGUGCGACUGGGUCUCUUGUGUGUGUGAUUGUUUGAUUGUGUGUGUGUCUAUGUAUAUCUCUACCACCCAGUAACUUCCACUUGAAGAACAUGUUGCCACCUGUGAGGAGAGACCGCAUCAUCGCUCAGCUUCCAGAGUGUUUUACCCCAGCUGCAGCGCUACACACUAAAGAUGUCUUCCACGCACAGGUCAAGGCUGCCUGUCAGGGGCAAAAGACGGGCGCAGUGGGCUUUAACAUCGCCAAGGUGAUUGUGGUAGGGGAUGUGGCAGUUGGGAAGACAUGUCUAAUCAGCAGGUUCUGUAAGGACUCGUUCGAUAAGAACUAUAAGGCCACCAUCGGAGUGGAUUUUGAGAUGGAGCGGUUUGAGGUGUUGGGGGUGCCCUUCAGUUUACAGCUAUGGGACACAGCGGGUCAGGAGAGGUUCAAGUGCAUCGCCUCCACAUAUUACAGAGGAGCACAAGCCAUCAUAGUGGUAUUUGACCUGAGCUGUGUGACCUCUCUGGACAACGCCAGGCAGUGGCUGGAAGAUGCUAUGAAGGAGAACGAUCCCUCCAGUGUUCUGCUGUUCCUGGUUGGAACCAAGAAGGACCUCAGUUCUCCUGAUCAGUUGGCCUACAUGGAGCUGGAGGCCAUUAGACUGUCAGAGGAGAUCAGAGCAGAGUACUGGACUGUGUCUGCUAAGUCAGGGGAGAGUAUCAGGGAGUUUUUCUUCCGGGUAGCGUCUCUAACCUUUGAGGCCAACGUGCUGGCAGAGCUCGAGAAGAGUGGGUCCAGACGUGUUGGUGACAUUAUCAGAAUCACCGAGAGCACAGAAGAAGAGUACAAACCAACCAAGAGAAAAGCAACCUGCUGCUGAUGGGGAAGGAUACACAACACUACGCAGGACAACACUACGCAGGACAACACUACGCAGGACAACACUACGCAGGACAACACUACGCAGGACAACACUACGCAGGACAACACUACGCAGGACAACACUACGCAGGACAACACUACGCAGGACAACACUACGCAGGACAACACUACGCAGGACAACACUACGCAGGACAACACUACGCAGGACAACAC